AUGUCCAACAUGUCCAUUGAGAAGGGAUCAUCACCUUGGCUCCUGUACUGCCUCAGUGGCAGCAUGGGCAAAGCCGAGGGAGCCUCCAAGCUGAGUGCAAAGGACUUGUAUGAACAAAGGAAAAAAUACUCCAACUCCAACAUCAUUAUGCACGAGACUUCCCAGUACCACGUCCAGCACUUGGCCACUUUCAUAAUGGACAAGAGCGAGUCCAUCACAACAGUGGAUGAUGCAAUCCGGAAACUCAUCCUGCUCAACUCCAAAGAGAAGAUCUGGACACAGGAGAUGCUGCUGCAAGUGAACGACAAGUCCAUCCGGCUGCUGGACUGUGAGACACAGGAGGAGCUGGAGGACUUUCCCCUGCCAACAGUGCAGCACUGCCAGACAGUGCUCAAUCAGAUGCGCUAUUCCUCCAUCCUCCUGCUUGUGUGUCAGGAUUCUGAGCAGCACAAACCUGACAUCCACUUCUUCAACUGUGACGAGGUGGAGGCGGAGAUGGUUCAUGAGGACAUAGAGAGUGCCCUGGCAGACCACAAGCACGGGAAGAAGAUACGGCCACAGACACUCAAGGCAAACCAGGAAAAGAUCAAGCAGAGACAAUCCAUCCUCCCCCCACCUCAAGGACCGGCUCCCAUCCCAAUCCAGCAUGACAUGCGAGGCUCAGCAAUGAACAGGAACAGGGUGGCACCUCCUUCCCAGCAUGAUCCAGACUAUGACCGACGAAGCUCUGGCUCUCAUGACCAUGAGGAAUCCCGCGCCAUGUUAGCACAGAAGAUUGAGAAGGAAACGCAAAUCCUGAACUGCACCCUGGAUGACAUUGAAGUGUUCGUUGCCCGGCUCCAGAAGGCUGCAGAGGCAUUCCGACAGCUCAACCAAAGGAAGAAAGGGAAGAAGAACAAGAAGAAAGGGCCAGCAGAGGGAAUGCUGACCCUCCGAGCAAGACCCCCGAGUGAGGCUGAGUUCAUCGACUGCUUCCAGAAAACCAAACUGGCUUUUAACCUCUUGGCCAAACUGAGGAAGCACAUCCAGAACCCCAGCGCUUCGGAGCUGGUGCAUUUCCUAUUUGGGCCACUGGAACUGAUCAUCAAUAGCUGUGGUGGCCCCGAGCUGGCCCGGUCUGUCCUCAGCCCACUGCUUUCUAAAGAUGCCACCGAUUUCCUGAGAGGGCACCUGACACCCAAAGAGAUAAACCUCUGGGAUUCCCUGGGGGAGACAUGGACCAGAUCCAGAGCCGAGUGGCCCCGAGACGCGAACAUCCCCACCUACAUCCCCAAAUUCCGCAAUGGCUGGGAACCACCCACAGAAAUCUUCCGUGGAGCUCCCUGGGAAAUCGACAUCGGACAUUUGCAAGAGGAGCUCUCCUCAGCCAAUGGAUAUCCUUACCGGAACUCCUCACUCAAGCGUGGCCAGACGGCUGAGCAGACACAGCCUGGGGAUGCCUUCAAACAGAAUGUCACUCCACAUGGAAAUAGGAAUUUUGAGGCCCAGGGAGUGGCUGUGCCCAGGAGAUUUGCCAAAAUCCGCUACGAUUUCACUGCGCGAAACGCCAACGAGCUCUCGGUGCUGAAGGAUGAAAUCCUGGAGGUGUUGGAAGAUAAUAAGCAGUGGUGGAAGUUGCUCAACCGGAGUGGGCAGGCUGGUUACGUUCCAUACAAUAUCCUGGAUGUGGUGACACUGGAAGAGCUUGAACAGUCUAACCAGAGGUACAAAGGAGACCUGAGCCCCAGAGGCUAUGGCCCAUCCAGUCCAACUCACAAGCUGCCUGCCAGCUACGCCGGGGAUAAGUGGGGCAGUGAGAUGUUAUCACGCAACUCUACACAGGACGCCAAAGAACAACUUAUUCACCAAAUGGAUGAGCUGAAUGACGAGCUGCUAAAGAAGAUCACAAACAAUAAAAUUCAGCCUCCCCACAGGAAUUUCAAAGUGGAAAAGCCUCAGCAAGUUUUUGUGCCCCUCACCUUUGAAUCCAGCACUGAAGAAGUCAAAGCCUGGCUAGAGGCCAAGUCAUUCAGCAAAGAGACCGUGGAACACCUGGGCAUCCUCACCGGAGCUCAGCUCUUCUCCCUCAACAGAGAGGAGCUGAAGAAGGUGUGUGGUGAUGAGGGGAACAGAGUGUACAGCAAGAUCACGGUGGAGAAAAACCAGCUGGAGAAAAGCAGAGGGGAGUCAGAGCUCCAAGAAAUCAUGAAGCGCCGCCAGGAAAGGAUUGAUUCUGCUAAUUAA